AUGGCUCUUUGUAUUUUGUCACUACUCCUAGCAGUCAGUACAGCAAUCACCGUCGAUAAACAUAAACAAAACAAGUCGUUGAUCACGAAGAAACAUGAUAAAAGAGGACUGGCUUCCUUGGAAUAUGGUUUACCUCCAGAACACUUCUUCCACCCCGAACCAGCACCCGUUUACGAGGCGCCGGUACCGGAAGUGGCUGGACAUUUUGAAGCUGUGGCACCGGUUCCUCCUCCGGUGCAUCCACCUGUGGCACCUCCGCCUGUGCUAGCACCAGCUCCAGCACUAGUGCCGCUGCCACUGCCGCAGCCCGUUCCACAUCCGGUCCCAGUCGCAGUUCCUGUGACCAAACACGUUCCGGUACCAGUACCAGUGGACCGUCCAGUUCCCGUGCCAGUCGCAGUUCCGGUACCAAAACCGUACCCGGUUCACGUGGAGAAGUUGGUGCACGUCGACCGACCAGUUCCAGUGCCGAUUGAAAAGACAAUUCACGUUCCUGUUGAUCGACCCGUUGCCGUUCCUGUUCCGGUACCGAAACCAUAUCCGGUUCCAUUUGAGAAGAUCGUUCAUGUAGACAGACCGUAUCCUGUACAUGUGGCUGUACCUUAUCACGUCCCUAAACCUUACCCUGUACCCGUCGCUAUUCAUGCUCAUAAACACCAUGGAUGGCUUAAGUAAGGUUUU